AUGAGAGAUCAAAGCAAGCCCCAGGAAACAAGCAUCGAUGUGCUGCCCUCUGGAUCUUCGUCAUCGAACAGUGCAUCAAACGCCAGCUUGCUGAAGAUAGUGGACUGGAAUGGCCCCGACGACCCCGAAAAGCCAAUAAACUGGCCUCGAAGCAAGAAGAACAAAAUCCUUGGCGCAGUGUGUCUAAUGCGUUUCACUACUCCACUUGCAUCGUCUAUGAUGGCUCCCGCAUUGUUGCAGAUAGAAGCCGAGUUUGAAGGCACAUCAUCAAUGGUCAUGAACUUUGCGUUGUCUAUCUAUAUUAUUGGAUUCGGAAUAGGACCACUUAUACUGGCGCCCCUCUCGGAAAUCUACGGUCGCAACAAAAUCUACCAUGGUGGCAAUGUGUUAUUUACAAUCUGCACAGCAUGCUGUGGGGUUGCGCCAAAUGCUACUUCAUUCCUCAUCUUUCGAUUCCUUUCUGGUCUUAUGGGCGGUGGCCCAUUGACAAACGGCGGUGGGACUGUUGCGGAUCUGAUCCCUGUCCAUGAGCGCGGGUUCAUAAUGAGCGUCUUUAGUCUCAGCAUGCUGUUGGCUCCUAUCCUAGGGCCUGUGGGUGGUGGAUUUCUUUCUGAAGCGGUCGACUGGCGAUGGAUUUUCUGGCUGCUGACUAUUAUGAGUGGUAUCACUGCUAUUGUCGGCUUUGUCUUUCUACGCGAAACCUACGGUCCAACACUACUUGAGCAAAAGGCUGCCGAGCUACGCAAACAAAGCGGAGAUCCCAAUAUCCAAUCUGCAAGCAAGUCGCCGCUACCACUGCAGAAACUACUUGUCCUGGCUAUUAUGCGUCCGCUGCGGCUUCUCUGCACUAGCCCGGUGAGCAUUGCUAUGGCACUUUAUAUGGGCCUUAUCUUCGGCAUCAUAUACCUGUUGUUCACCUCAUACACCGUGGUCUUUCAAGAGCGAUACGGCUUUAGCCAAGGCCUUGCUGGGCUCACUUAUCUUGGAAUGGGACUAGGAUGUACUACGCAACUGUUUCUGGGCCAUUGCAGUGACAAAAUUCAUACCAAACUGACUGAGCGUCACGGUGUGGAAAGGCCUGAAUACCAUCUUCUUAUGUUAAUCCCUGCUGCGAUAUCAUUGCCAAUUGGGCUCGUAAUCUACGGCUGGACAGCUCAGUAUCACGUUCACUGGAUUGUGCCACUAAUUGGAACGUUUUUCAUUGGUGUUGGCUUCUCAAGCUCAAUGACUAGCGUGCAGACAUAUUUGAUUGGUGCUUUCACCGCAUACUCUGCAAGCGCUCUCGCCGCGAACAACGUCGUGCGUAGCCUGAUCGGCGGUGUGGUGCCUCUUUCAGGCCCCGAAAUGUAUGGAAAGCUGGGUCUCGGCUGGGGGAAUACCAUGUUGGCUCUGUUGGCUCUGGUGUUUGGGCUCGCUCCACUAUGGUUCUAUCGGUCUAAGGCACCGCGAAAUAGGACCAAAACCUCGCCCGUUUGA